CGUCUUUCCAAACGAGAAAUGGCUAAAUUAAAAAGAGAAAGGUCUGCAUCCCUGCUAUCAUACAGCCCAGCUGCUCUCCUGGCUGGCUCCACUCUCUCCAUCACCUCUCCUGCUUUUGUGUUGCAGUCCAAAGUCACUGCUUGCAGGAAUCUUCCCUUUCUUUUGCAUGUAUCUAAAUUUAGCUCAGUGUAAGGUUAUGGUUCUGUGGAAUACCAUGGAGCAAUUUAAGCCCACAGUACAGAGGGAACCAUCACUGGAGGGGACGCUGAAAGCCUGAAAAGAGGAAGAGAGAGACUGUCACCUGGUAUUGACUAUCUCACUCCUUACUCUUUGGAGAAGGGGGGUUAACUGGCGCUGGUGUGCUGGCUUCUUAUCUAUUGAAGGGACUAAUGACUGGUAACUUUGGUUUGGGUAAUACAGAGGCAUUUUGUGAAGAUUACAUUAAUCCAUGCCUCUGCUUUGGAGAGCUGACUAUGGAAGGUCACAGCUGUGCUGAGCUGCAGCAUUCAGGAUAAAGCAGACUUGUGGUGGACUGGGAGCUUCCAGGGAUAAUCAUCAGGACUCACCAGUCACCAGGCACCCCUCCUCUUUUCACCACUACCACCUCACCCACCACCUCCUCUUCCUCAUUUCAUCCCUCCCCCACAGCACUUUCUUCCAAAACAUCUUUGUUUAUAAACUUUGAUGGAGAAUUACACACCGGGCUGGAAAAAUGCCUGUUAUGAAAGGAUUAUUAGCACCUCAGAACACCUUCUUAGAUACUAUAGCGACUAGAUUCGACGGAACACACAGCAACUUUAUUCUCGCCAAUGCUCAGGUGGCCAAAGGAUUCCCAAUAGUUUACUGUUCAGAUGGCUUUUGUGAACUUGCUGGAUUUGCACGAACUGAGGUUAUGCAGAAGAGUUGCAGCUGUAAAUUUUUAUAUGGUGCUGAAACAAAUGAACAGACAACACUUGAAAUUGAAAUGUCACUAGAGGAAAAGAGUGAAUUCAAGGGGGAAAUCAUGUUUUACAAGAAGAAUGGUACAUCGUUCUGGUGCCUACUUGAUAUUGUUCCUAUAAAGAAUGAAAAAGGAGACGUGGUCCUAUUUUUGUCUUCUUUUAAGGACAUUACAGACACAAAAGUAAAGAUUUCACAAGAAGAUAAAAAAGAAGAAAAAUACAGAAGCAGAGGAAAAGCAGGGUCACAUUUUGAGGCAGCAAGGAGACGAAGUCGGGCUGUCCUUUAUCACAUCUCCGGUCACCUACAAAGGAGAGAAAAGAACAAAUUAAAACUUAAUAAAAAUGUUUUUGUAGAUAAACCAGCAAUUCCUGAAUAUAAAGUUUCAGAUGCAAAAAAAACAAAGUUCAUAAUUUUACAUUUUAGCACUUUUAAAGCUGCCUGGGACUGGCUUAUAUUAUUAGCAACGUUUUAUGUUGCUGUUACUGUACCUUACAAUGUAUCCUUUGUAGACAACGAUGAUCUUUCAUCAACAAGAAGCACAACUGUUAGUGAUAUAUCAGUGGAAAUUCUUUUUAUUAUAGAUAUUAUUUUAAAUUUCCGAACAACCUAUGUCAGCAAGUCAGGACAAGUUAUAUUUAAAGCAAAAUCUAUUUGUAUCCACUAUGUUACAACUUGGUUCGUCAUAGAUUUAAUUGCUGCUCUUCCAUUUGAUCUUCUUUAUGCUUUUAAUGUCACUGUGGUUUCUCUUGUACACCUUUUGAAAACCAUUAGAUUAUUACGGCUUCUACGGCUCCUCCAGAAGUUGGAUCGCUAUUCCCAGCACAGUACUAUAGUACUUACUUUACUAAUGUCCAUGUUUGCUCUUCUGGCUCAUUGGAUGGCUUGCAUUUGGUAUGUCAUCGGCAGGAUGGAAAUGGAAGAAAAUAACCCCCUCACCUGGGAUAUAGAAGAAACAAAUAUGUCCGGGAAGUGGAUUGUAACUGUGUCAAAACCCCGCCCUAAAAGUUGGCUUCAUGAACUGGGAAAAAGACUGGAAUCUCCUUUCUAUAGCAAUAAUACCCAAGGUGGUCCUACAAUCCGAAGUACCUAUAUUGCAUCAUUAUAUUUCACACUGAGCAGUCUGACUAGUGUUGGGUUUGGAAAUGUAUCUGCCAACACUGAUGCUGAGAAGAUCUUUUCUAUUUGUAUCAUGUUAAUUGGAGCUUUGAUGCAUGCCUUGGUGUUUGGUAAUGUCACAGCUAUAAUCCAACGAAUGUACUCCAGAUGGUCCCUUUAUCAUACAAGAACCAAGGAUCUGAAGGAUUUUAUACGGGUACAUCACCUACCACAGCAGCUGAAGCAGAGAAUGCUUGAAUAUUUCCAGACCAAUUGGUCAGUUAAUAACGGGAUAGAUUCUCAUGAGCUCCUGAAAGAAUUUCCAGAUGAGCUCCGUUCAGAUAUAACCAUGUACUUGAACAAGGAGAUUCUCCAACUAUCCCUUUUUGAGAGCGCUAGCCGCGGUUGCCUCAGGUCUUUAUCUCUGCAUAUCAAAACUUCCUUCUGUGCUCCUGGAGAGUACCUACUCCGGCAGGGAGAUGCGUUGCAGGCAAUUUAUUUGGUGUGCUCAGGUUCCAUGGAAGUUUUAAAAGAUGGGAUGGUUUUGGCUAUUCUAGGUAAAGGUGAUUUGAUUGGAGCUAAUCUAUCCAUUAAAGAUCAAGUUAUUAAAACAAAUGCAGAUGUCAAAGCCCUGACCUACUGCGAUCUACAGUGUAUAAUCCUCAAAGGCCUUUAUGAAGUUUUGGACUUUUACCCUGAAUAUGCACAUAAAUUUGUUGAAGACAUUCAGCAAGAUCUUACAUAUAACCUGAGAGAAGGUCAUGAAAGUGAUAGAAUGUCAAGAAUCUCAUGCAAAUCAACUGUGUCACAGACGGAACCUAGAGGAAAUGGAAGUGUAAAUAAGAAACUGUCCUCCAUUUUUGAAGAUGACGAUGAGGACACAGAGGAUGAUGAGCCUUCAUCUCCAAUACGGACACGGAAUACAACGUCGAAAUACAGAAAAUCCUCAAACAGCUCUUUAGGGAUUAAUCUGAAACAAUUUUCUGGGAAUGUUCCAUUUAAAUCACCAAUGAAAUCUAACCCAUACUCAAGGCCGGAAAAUGAAUCCCACCUUAAUAGAAGACGAGAUAAGAAUUUAAUGCUUAAUCUUCCAAAAGUCACAAGCCUUGGACCACCAGAUUUAAGUCCCAGAGUUGUUGAUGGGAUUGAAGAUGAUAAUGGUGUUGAAGAAGGUCAAGCUUUUGAUUUCGAAGCUUAUCAGCUAAGACAACAAGCACGGUUGAAUAAAAAAGUUGGAGAAGAAUCCAGUUGCUUGACUACAGACUUCUCAGAUUUCAACCCAGCAAUGCUCUUUAUCACUGCUGAAGAAACCAAACAACAGAUCACCCGUCUUAACCAUGAGGUAAGCACGUUAACCCAUGAAGUAUCCCAGUUAAGCAAGGAUAUGAAGAUUGUCAUGAAUAUUUUAGAAAACCUCCUAGCAGUGCAACGACCAGUUGGAUACUAUUCGACAUAUGGCACAGUGCUGGAAGCAAUGGGAACUACAAUGGGUUCUCCAGUUGAUCAGAUGCAGACUCGAAUGACAUGGACGACAAACCAAGAGUGCAUGCAAAGACAAGGUGAAACUUUGGUUGGCAAUCCAACACAAUUAUGCCAAGGCACGGUAAUAUCUGACCUGUGGAAUAUGGAUUCUGCAAGUGUAGGAAGUAGCCCCCAAAGAAAUAUGUCAAAUGUAGAAAAUUCAUUAGAGGGUGAAUAUUAUUAUACUUCGGGCCUUGGAUAUUCUCCUUCACAUUAUCAAGUUAUUCAAGCAGAACAUUUGCCAUAUUUAAAGUGCACAUCACCUCAUUCGGAUACUACAUUAACUCCUCUUCAGUCUAUAUCUGCAACUCUAUCCCCAUCUAUAUGUUCAUCGUCUGACACUUCUCUGCAGCUGGUGCUGCCCAGUAGAUCUGAAGAAGGAUUCAGCCAAGGCGCAAUUAGUUCAUUAAGCCUUGAAAAUCUGCCGGGAUCUUGGGAUGUAGAAGGGACAACUGUAAUGUCACACAGACAGCCGACAGAAGAAUAUCCAAGUGACAUUGUUACAAGUACAAUAGAGUUUAAAGAUGACAAAGCCAUAAAUGUAUAGUGAUAACUAAUAAUCGAUAUUCAACAGAAGCAGCAUCACGGUAAAGGUCCAUGCAUGAAACUGCUAAGAAAAUGUUGGAAAAUAUUUUCAUUGAGAAUUUAAUAUGAAAAGCACAGUAGCUCACCAUAUAUAUCCACAAACUGGUGGGUGUGUUUUUGUUACUUAUGUAAGCUUUGGGUCUAUAAGCCAGACUUUUGUUACAGACCGAAGACCCUAAGGGUCAAAACAGCUGGGAGUCAUAUACAAAAGGACACAUGACCACAAAUGUCAUAGGGAGUUAUUGUAUCACAAAGCAAACGCUCUUUCCUGAGUGCCUGACUGUCAUUUGCAAACAAUAGCACUGUCAAUGCUUACUUCAGGUAACCAUGACUCCUGCUGUCUAUUUGUCAGUUCAGAGACGACAUAGGGACAAUUUUCGCUGCAUGUCAUCUCCUAGACAAUCAACCAAAUAGAAUUGGUAGAUGGUGGUUAGUCGUUGCACGUUAUUUGUCAUUUUAAUGAAACAUCUUAAUUUAUUUAUCAGAAAAAAUGCUAUUUUUAUAUUCUUGGUAUGAAAUAUGUAUUUAAAGUAUUUAAAAUAUUUAUAACUUAACGUCUUUUUUUGGUAAAAGCUUGCCGUUUUCAAGAGAAAUGCACAAUUCUUAUGCAUAUUAAAUUAAACAAUUUAUUAUUCAGAAAAACAGUGUACAUACUUAAUAUAAUAUGAUAUCCCAUUUUGCAUGUAAGGUGGAUGAAUGUAUGCAACUGAUUCUUUACUAAAUAUAUAUCUAUACAUAUAGAAAACAUGACAAGCGACUUUUAUUCAGAUAUUAAAACAUGGUACUAAAAAUGAGUUUCAUACAUUCAUAAAAUGAGAAUUUUACCCAUAUUUGUCCACGCAAAAAAAUGUUUUUUUCCUUUUUUCAUGUGAAGCCAUGUCCUUGAGGUUCAAGGUGCUUUUGUCAAUGAUGAGUUAAGGAGAAGUGAGAGGACAUAUAGUAUGUGUAGGGCUUUGUUCAAUUUGCAUCAUUUGUUUUCGAUUUGGGAUGGAAAGGGUAAUGUGGUCUGCAGCAUCAUUGUUGUCCAAAAAGUCCAAACCACCUUUGGAACCUAGCAGACCCUAUUAUAAGUUAGAGGGAUCCAUCAAGAUCUUUUCAUUAAGGAAUCCAGGUUAUGUGCCAUGGCAUCAGACAGAAUUUAUGAUGCUUGUAUAAACAGAGCUUUGCAGUAUGAAGAAAGGAGAAAACAUGAGUUAACCCUCAUUCACAACAGGAUGACUACAUUAAUAAUAUCAGCAAAACAAGAUACUACUUUCAAUUUAGCCAUUUUUAUAUGUGUCUAGUCUAUAUUUCUAAUUAUCUCUAUUUUGACUUAUUUAUGGUAGCUAAAAAACGUUGUCACCACGUUGUGUAGUGUCACCUUCUUGGUUGUUGUUAAAGACAAAGAAGAAAAUAAAGAUUUUAACCAAAGACUAAGUAAGUUUAAUUUCUGGAUUUUGUGAAAUAAUUGUACCUUAACAUUUUAGCUUUAGUUUUGGGCCAGUGUGUUUAUCCAUGAAAAAAUUAUUUUCCCCACUUCUUGUUUAUUUUAUCAAGUAAAUCUGAUAAUAAUAUGUAUGUGCAGACAUAGAUAUAGAAUAACAUGUCAAUGUAUUAUAUACUGCUAGCAGGUAAGAUUGAUACAUUAUAAUUCCCAACCAAAUUACAGAGAUAUAUAGGCAACCCCUUUUAAAUGUAGUUUCUUACCAUGGGAAGCCUAGGCAUACAUUUAACCUGCAGUUCUUUCAGCUCUUGAAGGGAGUAUGCAGUAGGGAGUAACAACGCAAACAUUAGCUGCACAGAGCCACGACAGUUCCGAAGCCCUGUACGGGAGAUCACAAACCUCCCGCGAUCAGACACUUAUCCCCUAUCCUGCAGAUAGUGGAUGUGUUCUAUUUUUAAGAAUUUUCAGAGAGUAUUUAUUUUUAAUUUAUCUAUCUAUUAACAGUUUUUGUUCUGGCCACUAAGAAUAAUAAUAAUAAUAAUAAUAAUAAUAAUAAACGAGCACUUGCCGUUCUAUAGAGAAACAUUUUCAGCAGUCUCCACUUUAUCAUCACAGGUAUGAUUAUCAUGAAUGAUGAUACCUAUACAUAUAUAUAUAUAUAUAUAUAUAUAUAUAUAUAUCACAUUAUCCACCAUUUAUAUAAGCUGAUGGUCACAGCUCUUCUUCUCCCCCUUCCCGCACAGUGAUUUUUGCACAGGUCACAGAGCAUGCUUAGAAAACUCUUCCAUAAAAUUGAAUGAACAAGUAGAAUAUUGUUUUUUUUUUUUUUAUGAUCCGUGUGGCUGCUGUAAAAUAUCUCUCUUAAUGCAGUUAGAAGAGCAGAGGCUGAGGCAAUAGGUUAGUCUUCAAAUUAAUGUACAACAAAAACGAUAUCAAUAAAAUUUACUGAAAUAAAUAAAAUAAAAUUUAUAUAAAAAUAAAUAAAUUGUAUAAAAAAGAACAAGCUUCAGUUUUUAGUUAUAAUCAGUAAAAAAAAUCUAGACAACACAUUCCUUUUAAGCAAGAGAAUUAACAUUAAGCAGUGGAGCCAGACAAGCUAACCCUGUGAUUGACAAGAAAAGUACCUGAUCUUGGUGAUCCUUGGUCUAUAAUGGAUAUCUAAGUUCAUACCUCAAUUGUAUUUUCCACUGUUCUGCUCCAUAAUUGGACAGACCCAAUUGACUUUAAUGGGAUCUGUUGGCUUUCUGGCAUUUUACGAGAAAAAAACCCACACACAAUAGGGUUUAUUUACUAAGAGUGGAGUGUAGGUUUCUUUGUUUUCGAUUUCCCACUGGUAUUUUCCCAAGGUAUUUACUAAGGUUUCCCUACAUUUUGCACUUUUCCCUACAUUUUGCUUUUUUUUACAACUGUUCUGAUCUGUCGGGUUUUUCUCAGCUCAAAUACACCACUUUUUCUGUGGAAACCUUAGUAAAUAUGUUGGGAUAUUUCAAAACAGUCGGGACCACGCCCACUUUAGACCAUGACCACGCCCCCUGGGGGGAGCUAGUGCUGGGGACCAAAGGGUGCCAACAAGCCACCCUGCCUUUUGCAUGAGUAUUUAGAUACAGGGCUAUGGCAGUAAACUGACUCCCAGGUUAGAGAAAAUCUAGCUGCACAACUGACCCCAACCAUAUUUUCUUGGCUCAUGCACAAGUUGGCUACGAGCUUUAUGUAGGACAAUAAUCCAACUUGCAGUCGAUUAAAGUUGCUAGUAAACAAAUUGGCCCCAUAUUGUCAUCCACUAAUUACACUUACUAUAUGUUUAACAUAACAGUUAAUAUUAAUGUGACUUCCCUUUGGAACUGUACAUUUAAAAAAUUACAAAAGAACUUAAACAAAAUCCCAUUAUCAUUCAGUUUGGUGCAAAAACAAUUGUCUAAUAAGGAUUUAAAAGUGUUUUCCAUGCAUCAAUUUAACAGAGCAAUUAAGCUCAGAGAAAUCAGAUUUUUGUUGACUGUUUGAUGACAACAGUCAAAGAAUUUCUUUCUUGUUAAAGCAUGAUUUUACGAAGAAUUGACAGAAAAGGUUUAACCUUUUAUUGUCCCUGAUGCUCCACCUCCACAAUAAUUUCCAAGAUGUGGGGGUGUUUUUUUUUUUAUUGCAUUCAAGUAAAACCAUGCCCCCCUGCAGUGACCUAUGGUCUCAUAAUGUUGAUGCGAAAUAGUGCCUCGGGACAUGGUUUUGCCUGCAUGAAAGGAUUGUGAUAAGGUACCCACUGCUGGGUACAGGUGGAGCGCUAUGGAGUAAGGAAAGGUAAUACAAUUUCUGCUCCCCAGAUAACCCCUUUAACUUCAUCUUAACUCAAUAAAUAAACCAUGCAAUUGUUUGUGAACAGUUGUUCCUACUUAUCUGGCAUUCAAUCUGUAAGCUCAUGCAGUGGACAUAAAUAAGCAAAAACCUCAACAUCCGAAAGCCAUUAUUUCGAGACAUAUAAAUAUUUUUUUUUUAAAUGUAGUGUAAAUAUUAUCAAAAAUGUUACCAAACUUUACAUUUUCAAAUGAAAUGUCAUUGACAUGCAGAAACUCAAAAUAGGGUCAUUGAAAACAUUUUAGGUGGUAGGUGAUUCUCUACCAUAACCUGUGACCUAACAUGUUAUCAAUGAUACUAUUUUGAGUUUCUGAAUGCAAUUAUAAAAUGUAAUGUCAUUUAUAAUAACAAUUGAUUUAUUUUCAAUAUAGUUGAAACUUGCUCCUAAAAUAAAAACUAUUCUGAUAAGUGGAACUUUGAAGCAAUGGCUUACUAUAUAUUUUAUCUUGUAUAUAUAGCUGUAGUUAAAAAAGAGAGAAAGUGGCAGUCUUUGAAUCAGCUCAGAACUGCAGCUCAAAGUUCUAGAAUCCAACUAAAGCUGUCCAUGUGGUAAACAAGGAAGUUUGUAUAUUGGAGAUAUGUCUGCGGAGAAAUAUUAUAGGUACUCAAGAAAGGAGAUGAGCAAACCAUAUCAUUUUUGUUCACCCACAUACCUGUGCAGCUCUACAACAUCACUCUCCUAGCAAUGUAUCAUAUAGAAAGCCUCAUAUACAGAAUGGUCAGAGACAGGGCUCAAGUCCUGCAGGAACAUGUUGGAACUGAGUUCCUGCACUUUUUUUCACAGUAGGAAGGUGACCCCUGGUCAGAGACAGAGACCAUACAUCCAAUAUAUAUUGUGUGUUGUAUACUAUGUCUUUACAUCAUGUUGCUAACAAGGAAUUGUGGGAAUGACAUAGAGCACUGACUAAUGUAAUAACAUUGUUAUUUACAGCUGUUAAUAUCUUGUAUUUUUUGUAUAGAUACUAUGAGAUUUUAUGACAUUGCAUUUUUGUGAGGAAUAUGAAUGCAAGCAAUGGAGAAACAUGUAGUAAAGACCACGACUAUGUAGCACAGAACGAAUAAUUAAUUCAUAGUAAUGUAAUAAUUUACUAGGUGUAGAAAGGCAAUAUCUAUGGUUUAUACAGUAAAUGCUUUCCACUUUUAUUUUUAUAGUUAUUCACUUUAAAUGUGCAGAAUGUGCAAGUUUUGUAUCUAUAUUGUUUUUGAUCAUCUUUUGCAGCCUUUAGGGUCAAUAACGUAUUGCAAUAAUAAAUGCUGUAGGAAGCUCCCUGACUGCAGACUACUAUAUUGACUCUUUAACAUGCAAUCCAUUUGUUCACUCUCUAUGAAUACAGUAUGUAUUGUUUACAAUUGAAGAAAAAUCGAUGAUUGUCUUCCUUUACACUGUUUGUACAUUUUCAAUGCAUUUCUAGAGGUUCCUUUCUCUAAAUCUUGUAAAUGACACAUGGCACAAUUAUGGAAUUAUGAAUUGUUAAUUCAUAGGGUUUAUAUGAAUUCAAAGGUUAAAGUUUAAAAAGGGAUGAUUGUUUUCAGGCCCAAGGCUUUGUCCAUAUAGAAGGUUUACUUUAAUAGAACACUUGAGUUAAAACAGAUACAUUGUGUUAUGCAUCGCACAGUUUUUGAAGGGAUGAUACAGUGAUUAAAAAACACUGGAGAGAGAAGUCAUGCUCCGCUCCCUUCAGGCCCUAUACGAGGUAUAACACACUGUGUCACCUUUGAAAUGGAAAUUUUCUGAUAAUAAAUAUUUAUUUAAUCUGAAACACUGCAUAUAAGAUUAAUUAUUACCCAAAUGUGAACAUACAUAUGAAUUGAAAUAAAUAUAUCUCGCUGUGAAUGUUUGAGAAUCAAGCUAUUUGAAUUGUGCAUGAUGUAUUUUAUUACAGAAAUUAAAAGUUCUUAUAUCAUAUUUGUUUUGGUUUUUCAAAUAAAGAAAAUAAGUCAA